AUGGUUUUUACUUCUAUACCAGCAGCUUAUCUUGAUGCAGCCAACUGGCAGCAACAACAGCAACAGAAUCAUCAUCAUCAACAACUUGGAAACGGUGGUUCCGUCUCUCAACAACUGCUUCAGACACCACAACCACCACAAACACAGCCUCAACCUCAUGGAGCGGGUAGCACCGGCUCAAUUAGGCCAGGAUCGAUGUCCGACAAAGCAAGAAUGGCGAACAUGCCUAUGCCAGAGACCGCGCUGAAAUGUCCGCGUUGCGAAUCAACCAACACGAAGUUUUGCUACUUCAACAACUACAGCCUCUCUCAGCCACGACACUUCUGCAAGACUUGCAGAAGGUAUUGGACGAGAGGGGGCGCGCUGAGAAACGUCCCGGUUGGAGGUGGCUUUCGGAGAAACAAAAGAAGCAAAGGAAGCAACUCAGCAAAAUCUCCGGCGAGCUCCGAUCUUCAAACGGGUAGUGCUAGUUCAACAAACUCAAUCACCUCUCAUAACAACCACUCAUCCGCCUCGGGCGAUAUAUUAGGCCUUACACCUCAAAUGUCAUCAUUGAGGUUCAUGACACCAUUACACCAUAACUUCAAUAACCCUAACGAAUUCGGAGGCGGCGAUUUAGGGUUAAACUAUGGAUUUAGCUACAUGGGAGGAGGAGGUGAUUUAGGAAGUUCUUUACUUGGUGGAAAUGGUAAUUCAAUUUUAUCUUCAACAAAUGGUUUGGAACAAUGGAAGAUGCCUAUGCCUAUGCCUAUGUCUAUGCCUAUGCAUAUGCCAAUGACUCAUCAUCAACAACAUCAAUUUCCAUUUUUGACAAACUUGGAAGGUUCAAAUGGAACUUUAUACCCUUUUGAAGGAAAUGUUCAAAACCAUGAGAUGAUGAUAUCUAAUAGUGGAUACAUGAGGCCAAAGGUAACUUCAACUUCUGGAAUUAUGACUCAACUAGCUUCUGUGAAAAUGGAAGAUAGUAUGAAUAGGGGCUUUUUGGGAAUUAGCAGCAACAAUAAUACUAAUAAUAAUCAAGGAAGUGAACAAUAUUGGAAUAGUGCUGUUAUUACUGGUAAUUCUGUAGCUAAUUGGAAUGAUCAUGUUUCUGGUUUUAGUUCUUCUUCUAAUACUACUAGUAAUAACCAGAUGUAG